AUGAGCACCGCCAAUCGUGGCAACCCGACGUCACCCCCACAGUUCAGCUCAUUUGGCCUCUGCCCAGCAUCCCGGAUGCUGAUGCUGGUGUCCCUGGCCCCUUCGAUAAAUGGUCGAAUGGUCGACAUGGAUGGGCCCUCCUUCUGCUGUAGGGGACGACUAAAGGUUUCGACCAGCAUCCCAGAAUACCUCCCUACCUCGUGGUGCAUCUGGGCCACCCAGCCGGCCUCCGCGCAUCAUCGACUACCUACAUCGAGCAUACGCCGCAGUGCAGCCAGCCAGAGCGCGUGA